GUCAGUAGUAGUAAAAAGUCAAAAGUCAAAAUCAUAGAACAAAAACUCUUAAUCCUUAAAAAAAAUUGUAACAUUGUUUAGUAGGAUAAAAGGAAUUAUAAUUUGAAUAAAAUUAAAAAUGGGUAGUGCAUAUUCUCUGUUUAUGGAACCUGAUGUAACUCCUAUAGGAGAUACAAAACCUUCAUUUCCUACUACAUAUGGAUUCGAAGAAGGAAGGAAACCUCGAGUUAUGAUCGCUACUGAACAAGAAAUGACAGCCGCGAUGAUUCCAGCAGAAAGAAGAGAUUAUUGUGCACAUCAUUAUUUAAAAUUAGAGCAAUGCCGAUAUGACAAUGUGCCAUGGAUGAUUAAAUGUAGCGCUGAAAAACAUGCUUGGGAUGUUUGCGCUUAUGAAGAUUACGUGUUAAGAAUGAAAGAAUAUGAACGUGAACGUCGAUUAUUAGUUCGACAAAAGAGAAAGCAACAAAAAGAAGCUGCUGCGGCAUAAGAAUAAAUUCAUUUAUCAACAUCCUUAUAUUUAAAUUAUUCUUCGUCGUUAAAAAUAAAAUAGCAAUUAAUAAAAUCAACAUUUUCUUGUUAGUGUAUAUAAUAUAAAAUUAUUGAAUAAAAUUUAAUCUAUACAAACCCAUA